UCCAUUCAACAGAUCAGUAAAGUCCCAGAGCGCAGGAUCUGUGCAGGACUAAUGUAACAGAUGUGAGACCCUUUAAAGAGUGACACAACUGAUUUAGCACACACAUAACCUCCUGUCGUUCCUUCUUUACGGACAUCAUUUUGAAAAAAUGGUAGUUAAAACGAGAAAACCAAACGCCAAGGAUCUAAACAGCGAGAAGGACAGGAGUCAAUCUGUGUCUGGCAAAAGCAGGCGUGGAAAAGAUGGAAGAGGCUCGGCUUUCCAGAGUAAAAACGGAGCGGUUACUGGGAUCAUAAGAAACAAACUGGGCUUGAGUUCAUCCGCCUUCACUAGAGGAAUAACGGUGCUGGUUCUCGCUUUCAUUGUUGGAUAUUUACACUGGUAUCAUCUCUCACAUCUAUUUGAAAAUGACAGACACUUCUCACACAUGUCAUCGCUGGAGAAGGAGAUGGCUUUUCGAACGGAGAUGGGACUUUAUUAUUCAUAUUUCAAAACCGUCAUCGAGGCUCCUUCUUUCGCGGAAGGUCUUAACAUGAUCAUGAACGACAGACUCACUGAAUAUCCACUGGUGAUAAACACUCUAAAGAGGUUCAACUUGUACCCUGAGGUGAUCUUGGCCAGCUGGUACCGAGCAUACACCAGCACAAUGAAUUUCUUUGGAGUCUCUACCAAGUUGUGUUGGACCAUAAACAGAGGGGAGGGUCAAGAACCUGUGGAGAGCUGUGAAGGUCUGGGAGAUCCUGCAUAUUUUUAUGUCACUUUUGUGUUCGUCUUAAAUGGGGCAAUGAUGAGCCUGUUCUUCAUUUAUGGGACAUAUUUGAGUGGCAGUCGACUGGGUGGCACCGUGACAGUUUUGUGUUUCUUUUUCAACCACGGAGAGAGCACACGAGUCAUGUGGACCCCUCCUCUCAGAGAGAGCUUCUCUUACCCAUUCCUGGUUCUGCAGAUGCUUCUGCUCACACACAUCCUGCGGACAAGGAACCCCUGCAGAAAUACUAUGAUGGCUUUGGGUAUCUCCAAUGUGUUCUUCAUGCUGCCCUGGCAGUUCGCACAGUUCGUUUUACUUACCCAGGUGGCUUCUCUUUUUGCUACAUAUAUACUGGGUUGUCUGAGCCCUGCGAAAAUGCAGUCCGUCUUGGUCACGCACAUGAUCUCUCUGGUCGUCUGUUUCCUUCUGAUGUUUGGGAACUCAAUGCUGCUGACGUCCUUCUAUGCCUCUUCACUAGUCUCCAUCUGGGGUAUUAUUGCUUUCCGGGAUUGUUUUGCGGCUGUAUUGAAACCUGGGCUUCUCACGUGGCUCAUGCAGUGCCUUGCGUGGGUGGUCUCCACUGUCAUCCUGAAGUUCAUGCUCUCAAGGAUUGUUGGAGCAUCAGAUGAUGCUCAUAUCAGCAGUCUGAUCAAAUCCAAGUUCACAAGCUACAAAGAUUUUGACACAAUGAUGUACACAUGCGCAGCCGAGUUUGACUUCCUCGAAGUGGAGACUCUUUACCGGUAUGUCAAAACCCUGCUGCUUCCAAUAAACCUGCUGAUUGUGGGUUUCAUUGCUGGAUGGAUGAUACGAGACGUUAUUGUGUUUCUCAGAAGCGAAAGGAUAGACAAGUCAGAAGAUGAAGAAACCGAGCAGGCCCACGUUUCGGCAAAGGGUGUGCUGGUGUAUCACAGUCUGCAGCUGUUGGCCUUUGCGGUGUUGGCUGUGCUCAUCAUGAGACUGAAGCUGUUUCUCACUCCUCACAUGUGUAUCGUGUCCUGUUUAAUCUGCUCAAGACAGUUGUUUGGCUGGAUUGGAGAGAAGCUUAAACUCCAAAUGGUAGUUGUUGCAAUAUUGUCCAUGAUGGCAAUUCAAGGAGUCACCAACCUACAGAGUCAAUGGGGCGUUAUAGGAGAAUUCAGUAACUUUCCACAAGAAGAGCUUCUGGAGUGGAUUAAGGACAACACGAGCCCUAAUGCUGUGUUUGCUGGUGCUAUGCCCACCAUGGCAAGUGUAAAACUAUCCACUGGCAGAGCCAUCGUGAAUCAUCCGCACUAUGAGGAUGCAGGAUUGAGAGAAAGAACAAAGAUGGUAUAUGCCAUGUACAGCCGAAAGCCACCUGAGGUAGUAAAGAGAAGCCUAAUAAAGCUGCAGGUGGAUUACUUCAUCCUGGAGGACUCAUGGUGCACCAGACGCACCAAGCCUGGUUGCAGUAUGCCUGAGAUCUGGGAUGUGGAGGACCCUCAAGAUGCUGGAAAAGUGCCACUUUGUACCUUGAUGUCUAAGGAUUCUCGUCCGCACUUCUCCACUGUCUUUCACAACAGUAUUUAUAAAGUCCUUUGGGUUCCCAAAACAGCAAAAGAUAUCAGAUAACAGCAGUUUAUUUACUCGGUUGAACCUGUUUUUGUGUCUUUGAUAUGGUGUAUAUACACAGCAGUGAUUAUUUUUGUAAAGGUCAGUCUUGUUUUUCUCGCGACCUGCUUGUGACACUUUAGAAUCCGUUUUAUUUUGAUAGGCUGUAACGGAUGUUUAAGUGUGGUGAUUCACAGCAGAUCGUCAGUCAGUAUUGAAUCACCAUUUUCCCCUAAACCGUCUGCUUACUGAAAUGUAUUUAUUUUAUUAGGAUGACUGUGAUCUUUGCCAUCCUGGGUGCUGCUGUUUUGUGUGGUCCAAACAUCUUUUAGAGGUGAAAAGAUUUCUGCGUUGUUUACCAUCAUCGUCUCACUUUUUGUGCAGAAUUUUUAUUUCAGCUUUUUUAGGCUCGACCUGCGGGUGGUUUUAAAUCCUUGGACCCCUUUUAUUGUAAAGUAAAAAAAAAUAAUUUUGGGCAGAUGCUGUCUUACCAAAGUGACCUACAAAAAAGUUGUAUCUAUGCUUUAAAGGGGUCAUAUUAAGAUUGGCCAGUUAACCAGUGCGUAGUGAUUGGUCGAAUACUGAAAGCGUGUGACGUAAAUGUAAGGCCUCUUACCAUAUUUGGAACAUCAGGAUCCAAAGCAUUUGUACUGACAGGUACGCCCACCUUACUUGAGUAAACAUUUGGGCGGUCUUAGUCAAAUCAUACCACGAACUGACCUGGAUUUGUGGGGGUGUGGUUACAUGAGGCGUUUCAGGCAGGUCUGGGGGAGCAUUCUCUUUUAGAUAGAAUGCAUCUUUUGUUUCCGACACUUUCAUUUUAAUACAUGCAUGGGCAACUCAUAACACACCAAAGACAGAAAAACACGUAUUCGCGCCAUAUGACCCCUUUAAACUUGAACCGUUUGUAGUGUUAUUUUUUAAAUCUACCAACUUCAGGGUUUAUCCGUAACUGCUUGUUACUUUGUGUAAAGAUUUUAUGUGCGGAAAUCAUGGUCAAUGUUUUGUAUUAUUGUAAGGUAUGGUUUUGUGAAAUAUUUUGUUUUAAAGAUAUUGUCAAAAAAUAAUUUUCCUUUGUAGCAGACCAAUACUGUACAACUCUUUCAUUCCAUAACAUUUCAAUGUCACUCCCUCCGGUAUUGAAGUUUAUAUUCCAGUGUUGAGUGUUUUUCUCAUUUCCUAGCUGUCAGUGCAAUGCAACAAGGAAACAGCAACAGGCAAUGAACUGAAUUGCGCAAUGUUUUUCUCAUGUCAUGGGUUUAGUGGUCUUAAUGAUACAGUCAGUAUUCACUGCCAUAGGUAUUCAUUUAUACUAUGUGUUCGGUUUUAAAUCUAAAGUGUCCUUUGCAUGUACAAUUAAAGGAAUCUUAAUGAAGUGUAGAGGUUUAGGAAUGUUCACUGUCUUCAGGGACUCAUUUCUCUUCUUGUCCUUUUUAUCUGUUUAUCUGAUAUGUUCAGCCUUUCCUUUUGUGAAUCUUUCCUCUGAAUAAACAUUUUUA